UACAGGAGAUGACCAGAGACUACAGACAUAGUACAGGAGAUGACCAGAGACUGCAGACACAGUACAGGAGAUGACCAGAGACUGCGGACACAGCACAGGAGAUGACCAGAGACUGCGGACACAGUACAGGAGAUGACCAGAGACUACAGACAUAGUACAGGAGAUGACCAGAGACUGCGGACACAGUACAGGAGAUGACCAGAGACUGCGGACAGCACAGGAGAUGACCAGAGACUGCGGACACAGUACAGGAGAUGACCAGAGACUACAGACAGGGGAUGACCAGAGACUGCGGACACAGUACAGG